GUACGGCUGACAUAUCUGCGAGCAAAGAAAAGAGAAAAAGAAAAAUUCGAAUUUGACCGAAACGACGCUGUUUACCAUAUUUUGAAAGGCUGGGGUUUCAGCCUUUGCAUUAGAGGCUUAAACAAAAGGCCCAGAAGAAAAAGGGCGGCGGCGUUGAGGAAGAAAGGGAAAGAAAUGGCGGAAAGAGUUUGUCAAGGGACGAAGGAUCCAUGGAGAGUCUUAGAAUUCUACAGCGGCAUUGGCGGCAUGAGGUAUUCUCUAAUGAAAGCUGGCGUCAAAUAUCAUAUAGUAGAAGCCUUCGAAAUCAACGAUAAAGCUAAUGAUGUUUAUCAGCACAAUUUCGGUCAUCGCCCUUAUCAGGGAAAUAUUCAGAAUCUAACUGAAAUUGAUCUCGAUAUUUAUGGAGCAAAUGUAUGGCUUCUUUCACCUCCUUGCCAGCCAUAUACUAGACAAGGUCUCCAGAAACACUCUGCUGAUGCUCGAGCAUUUUCAUUUCUUAAUAUUCUUGAACUUAUACCACGCAUGUCAAAACCUCCAAAUAUGUUACUUGUAGAAAAUGUUGUUGGAUUGAGGUAUACUUCAGAUACUCAUGCAAAAAUGGUAGAAGUAUUGGCAAGAUCUGAUUUUGUUGUGCAGGAAUUUAUAUUGAGCCCACUUCAAUUUGGGGUUCCUUAUUCUAGACCACGCUAUUUUUGCCUGGCAAAACAAAAACAUUUAUCUUUUCAGUGCCAACUGUUCAAUAACCAGCUUCUCUGGUCUCCGAGUCCGUUAUUCGGUAAUGAUGAAAAGACAGUGAUUGGUGAAAAUGGUCAAUCAAAAGAGAACUGGGAUAAGUUAAUUGAUUCAUGCCAGCCAAUAGAGAAGUUUCUUGAAUUUACACCUUCAAGUGAUCAAGUAGACAUGGAGACCAUUUCUUUAGUGAAUACAGAUGAUUCAGCAGAUGUCCAGGAAACUUCAGAUAAAUUUGCUGAAGGAAAUGCAUGUGAUGUUGGUUCUAUAUAUCAGUUCAUUGUUCCAUUAAGUCUGAUUGAGAGGUGGGGAAGUGCCAUGGAUAUUGUUUACCCUGAUUCCAAACGGUGCUGUUUUACGAAAAGCUAUUAUCGGUAUGUGAAAGGUACUGGCUCCCUUUUGGCAACUGUCCAGCUAAAGAACAAGGGAAAAACAUCUUCCUUGAAGGAGCAGUGCCUUAGAUAUUUUACUCCUAGGGAGGUUGCCAAUUUGCAUUCUUUUCCAAAGGACUUUGAGUUCCCGAAGCACAUAAGUCUUAGACAACGUUAUGCAAUGCUCGGAAAUAGUUUGAGUGUAGCUGUUGGCCCUUUACUCCAGUAUAUGUUUGCCGAUCCAUCUUGAUUUUUAGCUCAAGACUUGCUUUUACCAGAUGCAGACCUGUUUUGCUUCUUCAGUCGCAUAACCAGUGUUUGAAGUUCUUAAGCAACGGCAUCGAGGCUCCACUCGGAUCUAGACUGAAAACCUUGGUGGCUGAUGAUGAAGGGGUUUCUAUAGCCAAGUACCCACUCUGAUCUGGGAGAGCAAGUUGCACUGCAUCAUUUGUUGUAGCUUCCCUUUCCCUACAAAAGAAACCAAAGCAUAUGAUGUUAACUUUUGAAUUAUAGCCUUAGGGUGUAGGGAAUGGAAACACCAAUAAACUGAUAUCCUAUUGAUCAAUAUCAUGAUGUA